CGCGCUCAGACCUGGCCUGGCCUCCGCGUGCCGAAUAACCCGCGCCGCCGUCAUGUCGUUCUCUUUGGCUGCCCACCCCGUGGGCAUCAAGUUCUAUACCUCGAUCUGGCGCGACUGCAAGGAGACAAGAGCUACGGAGAGAUCCACUCGCAGUUCCAGAACUGGUACGGCAACACGUUCCACCGCAAUCUGGGCAGGUACUUCUACGCCCACCGCUGCGGGGCCAUGGGGGCGUUCGCUCCACUGGUAACCUUCAUGGUGGGCUUCAAGAUCGCAACGAUGUAUUAUGGAACCCAGCGCGAUGUGAAGGCAGCCACUCUCGCCGCGGAGGCCUACGGCCAGGGCGGCUACAAGACGAACCCGGGGCGCGACAACGCUCCACAGACCGAGGGCGGCACGCCACCCAUACCAGAUGAUGCGGGUUUCCCAAGCAUCUGGGAGUCCAUCCAGGAGCAUACCAGCAUCCAGCGGGCGCUACAGCUCUACGUGGAUGCGCCUCCAGUCGGGGUCCUUGUCAUGCGGGCGGUUGGCUUCAACGCGCCAGACAAUCUCGCGUGGUUCCUGCGCCAACAGGAAGAUGACCGACUUGACGAAGCGGCCGCCGACGGCCUUUUCCAGGAUACAGAGGAGAGCGCGCCGGAGUGGAAGGAUGUCAUGCUAGGGCGCGGCAAUCUUGAAUCCUGCGUCGCCGUGCUCGCCGGCGGAGCCGCAGGCGGCGAUCCCGAGGAACGGCGGCAGCAGUCCCUUGCAACGCCCCACAGCGGCGUCGACUUCAGGCCCUUGUACUCCUGCGGUGCCAGUGAAUUGCGCGGGGCGCGCGUGCAGCGCAGCUGCCUCGAGGCGUUGCUGUGGCGCCAGCAGGAUGCCGAGAGGCAAACCCUCGAGGAGGGCAUCGAGACGCUCUUCCGCCAGCGAAAGGCGACUCUGCGGUAUCUUCGCCGCUGCGAGGACGCCGGCGCUCUGCUGGCGCUGCAGUGCGCGCUCACGCCGCGCCCGCAGCAGCUGCUGCCGCCGCAGCGGGCCGCCGGCGCCGCCAGAGUUGUCGCCGCACUCCUACGACGGUCUUCCCAUCACUGGUACCUGACAUCGCAGGCGCGUCCGCCCCCGGCCGCCGCGGCAGCGGCGCCGCCGCGAGGUAGCGGCCUCGGCGGCGGCUGCGCUCGGCGGGGGCCCGCUGCAGCGCGCGCCUCUGACUCGCGCGGGCGGCGUGGGGCCCGCCGAGGGCCGCGGCUUUAG